AUGACCAGAGCGCUCUGGGUAGGGGAUGGUGCCCCUCUCGGGGGCAGUUCUGGCGGCUCCGUGCUGGUGGUCAGGCUGUACCAUGGGUCUGGGUGCCCCUUGGGGGGCACUGUCCCCGUGUCCCCCAGGGUGACACCCCUCUAUCCCCAGAGCUCCAUGAACCUGCCCCCAGACAAAGCCUGGCUCCUGCGCCAGUACGACAACGAGAAGAAGUGGGACCUCAUCUGUGACCAGGAGCGGUUCCAGGUGAAGAGCCCACCCCACGCCUACAUCCAGAAGCUGCGCAGCUUCCUGGAGCCGGGUGUGACACGGAAGAAGUUCAGGAGGAGGGUGCAGGAGUCGACCAAGGUUCUGCGCGAGCUGGAGAUCAGCCUGAGGACGAACCACAUCGGGUGGGUGCGGGAGUUCCUCAAUGAUGAGAACAAAGGGCUGGACGUGCUGGUGAACUACCUGUCCUUCGCCCAGUGCGCCGUCAUGUUGGAUUUUGAGGGCCUGGAAGGCGGCGAGGAUGGCGCACUGGAGAAGCUGCGUGCCUGGAGCAGGUCCAUCGAGGAUCUGCAGCACCCCAGCUCCCUGCCCGCCCCCUUUGCCAGCAGCCUGGCCCGCUCUGCCCGCCAGACCGCCCUACGCUAUGGGACGCUGCCCAGCCGCAGGGCACUGAAGAACUCGCGCCUGGUGAGCCAGAAGGAUGACGUCCACCUCUGCAUCAUGUGUCUUCGGGCCAUCAUGAACUACCAGUACGGCUUCAACCUGGUCAUGUCUCACCCACACGCUGUCAAUGAGAUCGCCCUGAGCCUCAAUAACAAGAACCCGAGGAUGAAGGCGCUGGUGCUGGAGCUGCUGGCGGCUGUCUGCCUGGUGAGGGGAGGCCAUGAGAUCAUCCUCGCAGCCUUUGACAACUUCAAGGAGGUGUGCAAGGAGAAGCACCGCUUUGAGCGGCUGAUGGAAUAUUUCCGCAACGAGGACAGCAGCAUCGACUUCAUGGUGGCCUGCAUGCAGUUCAUCAACAUCGUGGUGCACUCGGUGGAGGACAUGAACUUCCGUGUCCAUCUCCAGUAUGAGUUCACCAAACUGGGGCUGGAGGAGUUCCUGCAGAAGUCGAGGCACACGGAGAGCGAGAAGCUGCAGGUGCAGAUCCAGGCGUACCUGGACAACGUCUUCGAUGUGGGGGGGCUGCUGGAGGAUGCCGAGACCAAGAACGUGGCCCUGGAGAAGGUGGAGGAGCUGGAGGAGCACCUGUCCCAUCUAACGGAGAAGCUGCUGGACCUGGAGAACGAGAACAUGAUGCGGGUGGCGGAGCUGGAGAAGCAGCUGCUGCAGCGAGAGAAGGAGCUGGAGGUGGUCAAGGAGACCUACGAGCACACGAGCCACCAGGUGCACACGCUGCGCAGGAUGAUCAAGGAGAAGGACGAAGCUUUCCGGCGGCGCUACGGCUCCGAGCCGCCCGCCCCCGUGAGGAGGGGAAGCCCCUGGGGACACCCCAAACUGGGGCAUCUCAGAGCUGGCUGUCCCCAGGGCUCCCAGGCAGGGAGGUGCCUGGUGCUGGGCCACUCCCGAGGCUCGGCGGUGCCCAGAACGGGGGUCUCACCCUCUGACGGCUUCACAGGGAAAUGUCCCCCGGCCCCGCCGCUGCCCGGGGCUUCACCCUCCAUCGCCCUCACGGUCGGGCUCUCAGCCAUCCGGAUCAAGAAGCCCAUCAAGACCAAAUUCCGGUUGCCCGUGUUCAACUGGACGGCGCUGAAGCCCAGCCAGAUCAGCGGCACUGUGUUCAGCGAGCUGGACGACGAGCGCGUGCUGGAGGACCUGGACCUGGAGCGUUUUGAGGAGCUGUUCAAGACCAAGGCGCAGGGCCCGGCGCUGGACCUGGUGUGUGCCAAGAGCAAGGCGGCGCAGAAAGUGGCCACCAAGGUGACGCUGCUGGAGGCCAACCGUGCCAAGAACUUGGCCAUCACCCUGCGCAAGGCCGGGCGCAGCGCCGACGAGAUCUGCCGGGCCAUCCACACGUUUGACCUGGCGACGCUGCCGGUGGAUUUCGUGGAGUGCCUGAUGCGGUUCCUGCCGACGGAGGCGGAGGCGAAGGCGCUGCGCCAGUACGAGCGCGAGCGGAAGCCGCUGGAGGAGCUGGCGGACGAGGACAGGUUCAUGCUGCAGUUCAGCAAGGUGGAGAGGCUGCCGCAGCGCAUGGCCAUCAUGGCCUUCCUCGGCAACUUCGCCGAGAACAUCCAGAUGCUGACGCCGCAACUCAACGCCAUCAUCGCAGCCUCGGCCUCUGUCAAGUCGUCCCAGAAGCUGAAGCACAUGUUGGAGAUCAUCUUGGCGCUGGGCAACUACAUGAACAGCAGCAAACGCGGUGCAGUCUACGGCUUCAAACUGCAGAGCCUGGACCUGCUCUUGGACACCAAGUCAACGGACAGGAAGAUGACACUGCUGCACUUCAUCGCGCUGACGGUGCGGGAGAAGUACCCAGAGCUGGCGACCUUCUGGCAGGAGCUGCAUUUUGUGGAGAAGGCUGCAGCAGUGUCCCUGGAGAACGUGCUGCUGGACGUGAAGGAGCUGGGCCGGGGGAUGGAGCUGCUGCGGCGGGAGUGCGGGCAGCACGAGAGCGCGGUGCUGCGCGGCUUCCUGGGCGGCAGCGAGGGGCAGCUGGAGCGGCUGCAGCGCGACGCGCGCACGGCCGAGGACGCCUACAACACCGUGGUGCGGUAUUUCGGCGAGAGCCCCAAGACGACCCCCCCGUCCGUCUUCUUCCCAGUCUUUGUCCGAUUCAUCCACUCUUACAAGGACGCGGAGCAGGAGAACGAGACUCGGAAGAAGCAGGAGGAGGUGAUGAGGGAGAAGCUGCUGGCACAGGAGGCUAAGAAGCAGGAGAAGCGGAACAAGUGGCAGCAGCAGGAGCUGAUCGCCGAGCUGCGGCGGCGCCAGGCCAAGGACCACCGGCCCAUGUACGAGGGCAAGGAUGGCACCAUCGAGGACAUCAUCACUGCGCUGAAGAGCGUCCCCUUCACUGCCCGCACGGCCAAGCGGGGCUCCCGCUUCUUCUGCGACCCGUCCCACCACGACGAGUCCAGCUGUUAGGAUCCCAGCCCGAAGGUGGAUCCGCCUGUAGCCGAGCAAGGCUGAGGAGCCCGAGCGGGGGGGGCAGGGGAAGCCUGGGGCUGCCUCAGUUUCCUCUCCUCACCCCCCUCUGCCCCCCAGGUGCCCAGAGAGGCUCCUGCCCUAACACCAUGUGGGAACAGGGCCAAAAUGUCCUCGUGCCACCAUGCUGAUGAGUUACAUCCCUGUGCCCGGGGAGACCCUGCACCCAGAGCACCCCCUGCCCACCCAAGGCAGAGGCCAAAUCCGUCUGUGGUGGGGCCCCAGCAUCGGGAGCUGAUCUGUGGGGUGCCCCCUCCCCAUCGGGGUCCCCUUAUCCCCGGGGGGCUCACUGCCCCAGAGCCCCCACCCCCAC